UAACCUGCCAGGCUCCAGGCGUGGCCAAAUUGAAACUGUGCUAACAACCUUUGUACCAAACAAUGGUCGACAGUGUGCAAAGGUCUGCUCUCUGCCUUCCUGUCUUUGACUGUUGGGAUUGAACUGUGGUAAGUGAAAAGAGGCAUUCAGCGAGGUUAGACCUGUGCAGAGAAAAGAACAAUGCCUGCUUCCACAUGGAAGCAGAGGCUGUCCAAGUGCUAUUGAUUCUAUUUGCUUUGUGGCUAUAGUUUGAUUGUUUAAGGGUUGAAAAGUUUAGUGCUAAUUUAGAAUAUAAAGGGGCCAUUUGAAGGUGUCUCAUAGAUGCAUAGGGCAGGCAUGAUUUAUUUGCUUUGGAUCGGUCACUGUUUUCUCACCAGCGCAAUGUAAAGUGUGUGAAUAUUAUCAGGGCAUGAAAUGGACAAUGUUCUUAUUUCUGAUUGUUAUUGCUCUGUCUUACGGCCUGUGUGGUAAUAAAACCCUGUCGCUGCAAAAUCAGUCUCACAAAUCUAUACUGUCAGGCUAACAGCAGCUCCACGUGGGAAUUAACAACACAACAGCACCUACACAUGCACACACACACAGUUUAUCUCCUUUAGUCCCAGAAACAUACACACAUAAACCCACCCUCCUAUAUCCCUCCUCUGUUGCACUGCCUGAGGAAGCCACUGCACGCUGUUGUAGCAGGUGAUCGCCCUUAUUUGGUGAUGACCCAGAUCAUGUGACCAGAAAAUGGUGGAAGCUGUGAGGUGUUUGUAAGCUGAGCAUCUCCACGAGAGGCUGGGGGAGCAGGAAAUAGGCAGGGAACUUGGAGCCACAUCCAUGCUCUGAGACGCAGGAGGACACACGAUCCUGAGCCCCGGCAGUGGUCCUCUGGGGAUGGACCUGGCAUCAGAGAGUAAAAUGAACUCUGAAGGGGGCGAAGGCCGACCAGUCCCUCCUACCUCUCUGCCCCUACAAGGAGGCCCAACCCAGAGAAAAAAGCUCUCCGCCCCUCGCAUCAGCCUUUCAUUGGACCAGAGCGAGGACGACUUGGGGGAAACGCCAGACGAUCUCGACAUCAACGUCGAUGAUCUCGACACUCCGGAUGAUGGGGACUACCUCGACUACACGGACCAUGAAAUGGACUGGGAAGACCCAAAUGCUGCCAGCAGGACUGGGACAAGUGAGCCUUAUGAAUCAAUCCCGACGUACAGCGCAGAAGAGGAGCGCCAGGAUGGGAAGCUGUGGAGGACGGUCAUCAUUGGGGAGCAAGAGCACCGCAUCAACAUGAAGAUCAUUGAGCCCUACAUGAGAGUCAUCUCUCACGGAGGCUACUAUGCCAAUGGAGUGAAUGCCAUCAUCGUGUUUGCUGCCUGUUUCCUGCCAGACAGCGACAGAGAGGACUACCAUGAAAUAAUGGAGAACCUCUUUCUGUGAAUGCAUUGCAUGCUUGGACAGUGUGGUUGGGAUCCCACGGGCUGUUCUGUGAAAGAUAUCGAUGCCAAGUUCAGCAGUAAGAUAAAGUAUGUGAACAGUUUGGACGAGCUUCAGGAACUCAUCCCCAUGGACUGCAUCCAGAUCCCAGAGUGCAUCAUUAGACUCGACAAGGAACUGAAGGAAGCCGCGGAGAACUCAAAAGUGAAUAUUUUCCUGCAGGGAUCGGAGCCAGCGGCAGCAGCAGCAGGCAGAACAGACCGAGCAAAAGCAGCCGGUGCCAGCAGCUCUUAAACCCAAACAUCCUCAACGGACGGGUCACCUCGGUGUUCAGAAAACACUGUCGUAUGGCUGAAGCUGGAAAAUCAGAGGGUUGUUAAGCUAGUGUGUGUGUGUGCGUGUGUGUGUGUGUGUGUGUCUGUGUUUGUCAAUUACACAUCAGGGUUGAAUAUGAAAUCCCACCUCACAAUAGUUAACAGGCAGAUGUCAUUCUUUUGGCUGCAGCAGCGUCUUCUGUCCCUUACAUCUGCAGUUCAGAGAACUAUAGAGUCAAGUGUGAGGCUUGGCGGUGCCUACAGGAUAGCAUCAGUGUUCACGGUAGGUUAGGAAAUGCAAUUUACACCAGACAGUGCACCAUGCAAAUCCAUUUGUAGAGACUAUAGUGUCAUAGUUGUGUGCAUGAGAAGAAGCGAAGCAAUAAUAUUCACCCUUUACUGGUUCCACAGUCUCACCACUUCAGAUUUAACUUGUGCGUCAGCAGUCUACAAUAAAAGCACAAGGUGACGCCAUAAAAACCUUGUGCCAUAAAAGACCAACUUUUGCAUUUAAGCAAAUCCAAACCUCAACACUAAUGCUCUAAAACUGAAGAAUAUAAUGACAAAUAGAUAUUUUAAGAGUUUAACUGAAACCAAGUAGGAAGAAAUUAAAUAUAUAAUGAAGUAAUCAGUGCAAUGUGAGGGCAUGUGUUUUUAGCCAUGUUCUGCAAGGGUGUGUGUUUUUAUUGGAUCAAAUUAGGGUCACAAUUUUUUUUGUGCUUGCGCAAUGAAACAAGUUUUAUGGUUGUAGAAACAUUGAGUAUGUUUAAGUCACACUUUUUUUCACAAUGUCUGAGGGAUGGGCGCACAAAUUACCAAACUAUGCAUGCGACCCUGAAGUUAUCUUAACCCUGUUUUACUCUUAAGCUGAAUCACCAAUCCGCAGGAUUCCCAGUGACCUUCUGUGCUACCAUUGAAUUCAGUAACCCACCUGUGUCUCAGAGGAGUCCACCUCAUAUUGAAUCAGAGACAAAAGGAGAACGUUCGAGCACACUUUGUCCUGAUAGGACAGUGUGAAUUUGUCUGAGUGGAGGUUGCAUGCAAAGAUAGGACAUUUGUGUGUCUGUCUCAGGCUUUGAGAAAACUAUCCCUGCGUGAAUAUCACAGUGUGAAUUACACAGAUGCACAAAAAACUUCUACACACACAAAAUAUGAUGAACAGCUUCGUUAUUUCACAAGCAAAAAAUAUAAGUGACCCUCAUUUGAUCCCAUGUGUUCUCAGUCGGUUUCUGUCAGGUGCAUAAACUGGGAAUAAUCUCUUCAGCUUCUCCUGGAUCAGAUGAAAACAAAAGAUGGGGUCUUUGUAAAGCACAAUAUCAUCUAUAUACGUAUGUGUGCAUUUGUACAUCAGUGCAUGUCCCCACAUAGAGAACUUAUCAAUGAGUCUCCUGUUAUGGUGUAUUAAUGAGGAAUUGCAGAGAAAUUAUGGAUCACUGUCUAGUCAUUCAAUAAAAAUGGACUUAAGUCUGAA